AUGUCAGAGGAAUCUGCAGCCGAAGCACCGAGUAGCCAUGCGCAUCUGAAUUUGCCAACUACGCGCAAAUGCGGCCUGUGCAAGACAAUCCCAGACUUCCAGCUCUACUUGCAAUUCGGCCCCAGCGUCGACCGCAGCACGAGGCUAAAGAUCGAGCGAUACAUAAAAAACUCUCUCUCCUCAUCCGGCCCACGCUCAACCACCGCCGACCACUUACCAAUGCCCGGGCGCAAGCGUCGACGAUACAAUGACGAUGCCUAUGACGAUGGCCACAAUGCCGAUGCAGAUGCUGACCGCGGCGUGGACUCUGGCCUGUCCAUAGCUUUUUACGACCAGAAUGCCGGGUUCGACCUUGACACUACGGCGGACGACGCGUUUUGUCAGGGCAUAGACUAUGAGCGCGGCACAAAUGAGAUCAUUGGUCUGCACAGCGAUGCGAACAUGGGCAACCUCUGCUUUAACUGCUCGAUGCCCGGACAUGAGCUGAGAGACUGCCCGACUGCGCUGGAUAAUGACAGGAUCCAGGCCAAUCGUGACGCAUUCAAGGAACGUGGAUCGGGACAAUUCAACAGUCGACUUUACCUGGCUGUGGAUGACGAAAAACGCAUGGAGGAAAUGCGCAAGAGCAUUUUGCCCGGCCAACCUCUGUCGCUCGAGCUCAGGGAGGCCCUAGGGCUUUGUCACGGGGAAGAGGAGGAGGCGGGUGGUUAUGUGCCGGAGUUUAUUGAGCGCAUGUACUUGCACGGGUAUCCGCCCGCGUACCUUGGAACCAAGGCUGGCGAGGACCCCAUGUGUGCUAGGGCCAUGCACCUAUCACCCUCGAUCCGCCCACCUACUCCGCAAUUGCACAUAUACAAUGACGCUGCCGACUAUGAAAACGGCGAUUCGGGCGAAAAGGACGAACAGGACACACAGGUCAAACAGGGCAAACAGGUCAAUGCCAAAGAGGCACUCCAUAGUGGAUCCCGUGACACGAAGGCCAGCAAUGAGAUGGAUGCCACGGGCAGCGAUGAGGAGGGCGCGAUCAGCGACGGUGAGCUAGAUGCAGAGCCGGAGACAGAGUCAGAACGAAAGCCCAGCAGUGCCUGCCAAUACACCGGCGAAGCCUUCAGCGUUCCACUGGUAAUGUAUCCGGGCCUGGACCUGGCCGAAUUUGACUUUGCCUCGAUUUCACGCCCAGGAAGGCCGUUACGGCCGCGCACACCCUACAAUCGCAUGCACGCCCUGAAUGCGCGGCUCUCUCGACCAGAUAAUAUUGACAAUGGUGGCUACCAAUCUGCCAACGACUUGUCAUAUUACGACAAUGGUGGCUCCGGGUACUACAACAGCCAUAGGCGCGACGGGUACUCUAAUGGACGCAGCUACCGCGCUCCUUACGAUGAGGAUCGGUAUCACGGUCGCCGCGACCAUCGGGAAUACCGCGAGUCUUACGAUGACAGGCGCUCGAAUUCCCUGGAGUCCCGUGGAUCUUACAGGGAAAAUAUUGGCGAAAACUAUGAUCGGAGCGUGGAAAGCUAUGCCUCGCAUCAGCACCAGCCACCACCACCAGAUUCACCACCACCUCUUCUACCACAAUCGCCUUCAAAUGACCACUACAGUGACUCAUUUGGCGCCCAUCAACUGCAGGACGAUGUCUCUCAGCCCAAGUCGCAGGCCACGACUCUCGCUGGCGAAUCUCAGGGCCAAACUAAUCCUAGCGCAACAGACAUUCUCGAUCCGAAACCACCUGUUGAUCCCGCAAAUGGAGACACCGGCGAGAGUGACGGCGAAAUUGAGGACGGCGAGUGCGAUAUGGAAGAGUCUGACUGA